AUGCACACAACGGCGAGCCAUUUCCAUGGCAGCCGCCGGGGAAGUCUUCUAGCAUCUACAUUCCUUUUGUUCUUCACUUACUCGACAGCAAUUCAGCAAAUACAGAAGCCGUACAAGGGUGACACUAUCGCAAUUCCGCCAUGGCUGAAUUUCGAAAACCCUAGAUUGAAGAACGCCUACAUUGCUCUGCAAGCUUGGAAGGCGUCGAUGCUCUCCGAUCCGGAGAAUUUCACCGGAAACUGGAUCGGCUCCGACGUCUGUAACUACACCGGAGUUUUCUGCUCGCCGGCGCCGGAUAAUCCCCUCGAGCGUACAGUCGCCGUCAUCGAUUUGAACCACGCGAACAUCGCCGGAACCCUAGCUCAUGAAUUGGGGCUUCUCCACGAUCUCGCUCUGAUUCACCUCAAUUCGAAUCGAUUCUGUGGAGAAAUUCCUCAGAGCAUCGUCAAUAUGAAGCUCCUGCACGAAUUGGAUCUCAGCAACAACCAUUUCCCCGGCGAGUUUCCGGCGACUCUGCUAGAUCUGCCGGAGCUCAACUACCUCGACAUCAGAUUUAACGAAUUCGAAGGACCGCUGCCGAGGAGACUCUUCGAGAAGGAUCUAGAUGCAAUUUUCAUCAAUAACAAUCAGUUCUCCUCCGCCUUGCCGGAUAAUAUGGGAGAUUCGCCGGCGUCGGUGAUCGCGGCGGCGUUUAACAAGUUCGAAGGAUGUAUUCCGGCGAGUGUGGAGAAGAUGCAGAAUCUGGAGGAGCUGAUACUUUCUGGCAACAAAUUCUUCUCGUGUCUCCCCGACGAGAUCGGGAAUUUGAAGAAUUUGACGGUGCUUGAUGUCAGCCGGAACAAAUUCGUCGGACCGUUGCCGGAGACGAUCGCUGAUAUGGAGAAUUUGGAGGAGCUGAAGGUGGAGCAGAACAUGUUUUCCGGCGACGUCUCCGAGGAGAUUUGCAGGCUUCCGAAUCUGACGAAUUUUCAGUACGAUCGCAAUUUCUUCUCCGGCGGGUCGCCGGCGUGUUCGCAUCUGCCGAUUUUCGACGACAGGAUGAACUGUAUCCGGGGCCGGCGGAAGCAGAGGUCCGCCGAUCAGUGUGGGAGGUUUUUUUCGAAGAGAAUUCACUGCAGCGCCUUUCGGUGUAAUCUUCCUCCUCCUUCUCCUCCGGCUGAACCACAGCCGCCGCCUGCCGCCUGUUCUCCGCCGUCGCCGCCGCCGCCUCCUUGUUCCUCUCCUCCUCCGCCGCCAGUUCACAGACCUCCAAGUCCGCCGAUUGCACCUCCUCCGCCGCCGCCGCCGCCACCAAUUAACAUUUCCCCUACCGCUCCUCCACCAUCAAAUUCGUCCCCGCCGCCUCCAUGUGAAUGUAUAAUUCCGGCGCCGCCGCCUGCCAUUCCCUAA